UGUCAAAAACGACGUUUAUUCCCGCACAAAUUGACAUUUGGAGCCUCGAACUGUCAGAGUAGAUCAUCCAAUGGCAAUGAGCAACGCAGGUGCUUGACCAAUCGCAACGUUGUUAACUAAUAUUGUAAUGAGACACGUGAUCCCGCGUUUGUCAAAUAUACUACCACGAGGUGGAUAGGGAAGCGUUGUUGAUAGUGUGUUUUCUUAAAUUUCUGCAGAGAAAUUGUUUUAUUUUGGAACUCUGAAAAUGAAUGACAGCUUGAAAAUUAAAAGAGCCAAAGAUCUGAAAUUUUUAAGACCAUGGGAAAAUGAUUAUGAUUCUGAGGAAAGAAGAAAAUAUUCCAUUGGAUUGCAAAAUGACAACAGAAAAAGAAGAGGCAACUUACCAAAAGAGGCAGUUCGUGUUUUAAAAGGGUGGUUGUAUGAACAUAGAUACAAUGCAUACCCAUCAGAUCAAGAAAAAGUUUUUCUAUCUAAUGCCACAAAUUUGACAGUUCUACAAGUGUGCAACUGGUUUAUAAAUGCCAGACGUAGAAUUCUACCAGAAAUGAUCAAGAAAGAUGGUCAGGAUCCUCUUCAAUAUACUAUAACAAGAAAACACAAACAGUCUCUUUUAGACUGUGUAACAUUCUCAUCCGACCAAGAAAAUUCACCAGAUCAGCAUCCUCAUGACUGUUUAAGUUCUCCAUCAAGAUCUUCAGAAACAGACGGAUAUGUUUCUGACUUUGAAGCAUCCUCAAGUGACUUUUUCUCUGAAUCAGAAUCUAUGUCCGAUCAGGGUGAUCAUGUAUCAGCAGCCAAAUUGCCAAGAAUGAGUUAUUCGCCAGUUAAAAACAAUAAAGUGGAAGAUAAUUUUUGGCAAUCUGGCCCAGUGGACUUGACAAUGAAUAAACCCAAAGUAAAUAAACCUAGUUCAGAUUUCAAUUCAUUUUUCUUGUUAGUAGAUGUUGCAAUAAGUCAGAUGGAGAAGAAAGAGGAAUCUUCAGGAUCAGAAUCAGUGUCUAAUUCAUCCGUGUGACAUUUUUGAAAAAAGGGGGAGGGGUAUAAAACAAUGUGCUAUAGAAAAAAUCAAUAUUGAUACAAUUUGAUGAAUAUUUAAAUCAUUUUAACUUCUUUGUAUUUACAAAAAAAUGUUUUAGUUUUUUUCUUUUUAUAGAAAGAGCUUCCUGUGUUUUGUUUCUAAGUGGGAUAUUUUUUCUUUAUUGUGCCUCACUUUACCUGUUAUAUUAAUUGAUUACAAGGCCAUCUGUAGACAUUUAAAUGUUAUACAGGUAAUAUUUACCUUUGCUGGAUAAACAUGUUUCCCGCUCUUUUGUAUUUUAAGUGACAUUUUAAUUGUUAAUAUGAUUCGCUUGUUACGAUUGGAUGCAUUUAAAGUUCAUGACCUGCUAUACUUUAAAAAAAGACGCAGGUAGUGAAUCAUUGUAUCAUUGAUUUUACUAUGCAAUAUGUUACACAAGGAUUUUACAAAUUCUAAUAAAAAUAGGUGAUAUUCUGUUGGACAUGUAUGUUAAAAGUCUUUUUUUUUGUAAUUUUACUAUGUUGAUUUGUAUAUUCAGUGAAAAAAAUAAAUAUAUAUAUAUACAA